AUGAGAAUAAUGAUGAAAGCUUGCGCCAUAGAUCAGAACGCGUGCGCAGGGUUUGCCGAUAGCGGAAAUUGGAUUUGCGUAAACGCAGUAGCCGUAGCGUGUGCGGUGAGCGGAUAUCGGGCGGAGCGAGCACGCGGUGCGGGCACGUCCAGUCAGAGUGCCGCCGCGCCGACAGACGCACGCGCGACCUGCACGUGCAUCCCUAUACGCCCCCCCCAGAUACCCACGUACACUUUGUCACUCACAGAGACACCGAAAGAACCUCACCAUGUCACUUUGCAUGUACCUAUUCUGCCCGUGGUUCUUUCUCGUGAUAUAUCUAGCUUUCCUCAUGCUGGACGUGUGAAGCGCGACACAGCGUCGAAGCUAAAGCGCAGGCGCGUUCGGGACGAUCGAUACAGUAGAGUGUGCCGGGCGCGCUUGGCUCUCGUGUGCCGGUCGGCGCGCGGACAGGGUUGUGCGGCUCCGGCGACGGUGCAGCCGCGCCGCUGGUGGCGGUCGCGGUGGUUAUGCGUGUUGGCUGUUGAGCAGGCGUCCACGAUCGCUCCGCACUCGGCAGGCGAGCGGCCGCGGCCCGCCAUGAGCGCGGCCACGCCGGAGGUGCGCGGCCCGCCGCCAGACGCCGCAUCUCCAUCCGUAGCCUUGCCCAGGAUCAAACCGGAACUCGGUCUGAACGAUGCCACGCUAUUCGCUGUCUAUUGCUUCAUUAAAAAUUUCAUCGGGUAA